AUGGCCAGGGCUGUGGGCGUCGGCAGGGAGGACCGGGCGCAGACUGCCCGGCAGGGCCUGGCCCACAGGACGGGCGGCUUCCCCGCCGAGUACAGCCUGGACGAGGAGGGCCAGGGCAGCCUGACCUGCCUGGACAGCAACCACUCCCACUUCAUCCUCGUGGAUGACGGGACCCACGGCCAGUACGGUGUCGAGAUUCCUCUGAGGACCAAGCUGGAGAAGUUCAUCUCGGAGCAGACGAAGGAGCGAGGCGGCGUGGCCAUCAAGAUCCCCAUCGUCUGCGUGGUGCUGGAGGGCGGCCCCGGCACGCUGCACACCAUCUACAACGCCAUCACCCACGGCACCCCCUGCGUGGUCGUGGAGGGCUCGGGCCGCGUGGCGGACGUCAUUGCCCAGGUGGCCGGCCUGCCCAUCUCCGAGAUCACCAUCUCCCUGAUCCAGCAGAAGCUGAGCCUGUUCUUCCAGGAGAUGUUCGAGACCUUCACCGAGGGCAGCGUCGUCGAGUGGACCAAGAAGGUGAGGCGGACGGGCCCCACUCACCUGCCGGUGGCCUGGCGGGCAGGACCGGGAUGUGGGACCUAAAUGAAGACCCCGGCGCGGAGGCAGUAUGCGGAGGUUGGGGGCACAGGCAGGACACCUCCUGGCGGGGUGGGCGGACACCACGGG